AUGGGCUCAACAGCCGUCUAUACAGUGCCAACCCAAGAGAUUUUGCAGAGCAACCCGACCGUUGAGCAGUGCGCUGUGAUCAUUAUCAUCGGAGUUGAGUACAAUUUCGCGAGUCUACACUUUUACAGUUCAAUCGGAUGGGAAUCUCCAGGACAUCAAACGGAACCUCGACAGCUCGAUAUACAGAAAGUUAUUGAUAAUCACAUCACAAGAGUACCCGGUUCUGGCUUUGAGACGAUCAUCAAUGUCCUUGCCUCUCGUGAAGAUGUUGAUAUCACCAUCAUGCCGCUAAAAAUACUAAAAACCCGCUUGGUCAUGGAACGUCGUGAAGGUUUUGUCAUUUAG